AUGGCAACAAGUCUGUAUCCACCAAUACAUAGCCGUGAUAUUCCCGGACCGCAGCCUGGUCAAUUCGGAUUGCUGGAGAAACCUUAUCGUCCGCAGAAAAAUCUUGUAACGAAAAAUCGAGAGAUUGAAGAUAUACGCGAAGCACGUGAAAAGCAUAAUCGAGCGGAGAAACUCGAAUUGAAUAAAAUACAAUUUGAUGAAUUAACAUCGACCAAAGCUUUCAAUGCACAAGUCCGACGUGAAGUUGAACGACGUUUGAAUCAAGCUGACAACGAACUCGAGGAUCGACGUGAACGCUUGCGACAAUUACUGGCUGCUGAAGAUGCGCAAUACAUUCAAGAAGCCACGCUAUCGAAAGAAAGUUUAUCUCAACGUAUUGGCAAAAUGCGACAAAAAGCACGACGCAUACGAGAAGAGAAAGAAAGUGAACACGCUAAGCUUGUUCAAGCAAAAUACGAUCAACGCUUUCGGCGUGAUUGUGCUGAACUACGCGAACUUCAGUCGAAAGAGCUCGAUUUCGAAUUAGGAAAUGAACAUUUAUGGCAAAUGAAAGAAAAACUAGAUCGAAAGAAGGAUAAAAAGGCGGAAGAAGAUUUCUGGACGCAACUAUGGUACAGUGAUAUUGCUAAGAAGAAAGAACGUGAAGAUCGAGAUGCAUAUGAAACGAAAUCUAAAACCGAUGAUAUGACGAAAGUUAUUCGUGAGCAGAUGCAAGCUGUCGAGGCUGAACGUAGUUUACAGAAAAGCAAACGAAAGGAACAUUCCGACGCUGCUUGGGCACAGUUCCGGGCACAGAAGGAUGAAAAAAUUGCUGAAUAUCAAGACAAACUACGUAAACAAGAAGAACAAAAACGUAUAUUAGACACUGUUCUUGCUACCAAGCAAAGAGUUCAACAACAGAAAGCCGAAGAGGAACAAGCGCUCGAAGAUAAAAUAACCGAAGAAACUCGACAAGCAACAAAGAAUGAUGAACAUGAAAGAUUUCAACGCAAGAUGGAACUUCGUGAUGAAAGUCUACGUUAUCGAAACUAUCUAGAGCAGCGUAAACUCGACGAAAAACGACAACAGGCAGAACUCGAUCGUAUCGUACAAGCUGAAUUAGAUCGGCAAAAUGCUAUACGUGUUGAAAAAACACGUGCCGAAAAAGAGAAACGAAGCAAACUUCUUCAAGAAGUAGUCGAAGGUCGUCAACAGCAAAUGAUUGAACGAAGUGAACGAAAAGCUCAAGCAGCCAGUGAAUAUCAAUGGCAAAAGGAUAACAUUAAGCUUGUUUCUGAACAAGCUAAAGCAGAAGAUGUCGAACGAGAAGCUCGGAAUAGAAACAAACGAAUGACUUAUCGACAAGAUUUACAAGGACAGAUGGAUUACGAACAAAGAAAGAAGAAAGAGGAGGAAUAUGAGAAUCAACGCGAAUUUGCAGAAGGCAUGCAAGCAGAAGUCGAAUAUCAAAAACGACUAAAUUUUGAACUUCAACAAACAGGUGUAGCGAAUCCUCAUCCGAUCCGUCAAUGGUAUUCAGCGAAAACAGGCACACUCUAUCGACCGGAAAAACCUGUACUUUUUGACGAUGAUGCCAAUCUUCCUCCUCGACGUCAUACAGCACAAUCACACCAAUCUCAUCCAACAUUACCUGUUCCUAUUGUUUACCAUUAA